GCGUCACAAGGUUGGUUUCCAUCCACUUGGGACAGAUUUCCAUGCAAGUAUUAAACAAAUCCGCAUAGGUUUUUCCCCAUUCAUUUUAUUCAUGCACGCGUCAGCCAUCGUUAUAAACAUAGGCGAUUCCUGAGCUAGGAUUUAUUUCGCCUGAGGACAAUAUCUGAUGGUGUGGAAGGACCAUGCAACACAAAUACGCCCAUCAUAAAUUAUAUCCAAUAAAAUGCAUGUCAAUAUGACCGCUGUCAAUAUGAAUGACAUCACUUGAUAAAGCAGAAGAGUGUCCAAGUGUUUAGGUGUAGAUCAAUAUUGAAUUUAAGAAACAGAAUACGGUUAGGCUACACUUGACAAGCAUGCAUCCAAGUUGCGGUCUUGGUUAGAAUUCAGCAAGUAGCUAAAUGGUACAUUAUGUCCUUCGGACUAGAGAGGAGUCAUAGUUUCCAAUAGCUCAUGCACAUGUGGCUUGAUUUCACUCGCUCAGCAGACGGAUUUAACUGCGUAUGCCCUGCAUCUCUGGGAUUUUCUUACGACCAGAAGUCUUGCCAGGCAGAUUGACAAACGGCUGGGAACGUGACCAGCUCCAUGAAGCAGGAAGAAUCAACAAGCAUGUCUUGGCUCUGCCUAUCCUGCUGCCUAAUGCUGAACUCCUGGUGCCCAGCAGAGGUGGGGGCAGUGGCAGAGCCCAUGCAAGGAGACUGGGAGUUGGGUUCUGGUUCCUUCAAUUUCCAGGAUCUCCUCCACAGUUUCUCUGCCGACAGCCCCUUUGUGGCAGAGACACCUGGGAAGCCUGUCAACUGCUCUCUGCGCUUAUGGCUGCCCUCAGCCUUCCCUGUCUGCUGGGGCGAUCUGGCAUUGCCGGAGGAGUUUGAGCAGUCCCGUCUGCUGGUGCUCCAGAACCGGGCAGCGCUGCAGGCGGUGUUCCAGGCCAGCGAGGUAGUGGCAGAAGGGGGAACCUCGGCCUCAUUUAACCAGCAGGCCCUGGAGAACUUGCAAGCUGUGCGAGAGGACUAUCAGAACGUGACACAGACAACAGAGACCAUGCAGAGUGUGUUCCUCACACUGGAGGAGAAGAGGAAGGAGGGGAAGGAGCACUGGGCCUUUUCAGGCGUAAAGGAGCACAUUGCCAAGACAAAGGACUCGAUCAACGGAAGGAACCACCAGGCAGGUCUGCUGGAAAAGCGGUUCUCCAGCCUAGAGAAGUCUUUACAGGUCAUGCAACUCAGACUUCAGAAACUAAUGGCACAUUGAAUUUUGUGUGCAGCCUCUUUCAAGACCCUAUGCAUGGAAUUUACUGUUACAUUUCCCAUUGGUGACACAUGCAGAUUUGUAACAUCACAUUUUGAACGCUCAUAGCAAAUACUUCCAGCCUGAAGACUUUUCCCUGAAAAGAAGUGAUGUGCUUUUGUAUUGCGCUAAG